AUGGAAAAUAACAAUACCCCAUAUAACAAUUUUAUUCCUGAUAUUAAACAAAAUAAUGAUAUCCACGCUAACACGAUAUUACUCCCUACAAUGCCUGGCCCCCACCAGCAGAUGAUUACACAGCACUUAGCUCACCCAAACAUGUACUUGAUGAAUGUUCCACAAGCCCAUAUGGACCAAUACCAACAGCAGCAGCAGCAUCUUCUUCAGUCACAGCAUCCCCAACAGGGUCCCCCUCAACAAGGCCACCUGCAGCAGGGCCACCUGCAACAAGGUCACCCCCAACAAGGUCACCCCCAACAAGGCCAUCCACAACAAGGCCACCCACAACAGCAACAGCAGCCUCUGCCUCCUAUGAUGCAACCUCAAAUGAUUCUUCCUCAUCCUUAUUUCCAACAACAUGUACAUAUGAUCCCACAGCAGCAAUCUCAACAAUCUCAACAUGUUCAAGCCAUCUAUCCACAACAACACCUCCACCCCCAACCAUUACCUCUUUCGAAUUAUCAAGCUUUAGAACAGCAAAGGAGUCUAUCUUCAGAGCUAUUGAGUAAUCCACAGCCUGCGCCGCAAAUACGAUCAGCAUCAGAACAACGACAGCUUUCACAGACUCAAAAUCAAGUCCAAGUGGGACAGCAGAAUCAACAGCAUCCAAGUUCUCCCCACCACCAACCUGUUGAGCCAUUAGAUCCAUCUCAGUUCAAAACUGAGAAAAACUCAAAAAGAAUCUCUUCGGCCAGCUCAAAAAUCAAACAUCAGAAGAAAGUGUCAGCAUUUGUUACUAAAUUGUACUCGAUGCUGCACGACCCUUCCUUAUCACAUCUAAUUUGGUGGAGCAGGUUAUAUCAAAACGACACAACCACUUUUGCCCUUCUGCCUGGUACAGAGUUUGCGUCAUGUUUGACAACUUAUUUCAAACAUGGCAAUGUUGCUUCCUUUGUGAGGCAACUUCACAUGUACGGAUUCCACAAAGUUUGUGAAGGCAAUCAGCAACAUUUGCUCCAAAGUUCUUAUGAUCAGAAUCAUACCAUCUGGGAAUUUAGGCAUGCAUCAGGAAAAUUUAAAAGAGGUGAUCAAAACCAUUUGCAUCUUAUUAAACGACGGGCAAACUCAAGAAGGACAUCAGCAAACCCAGAUGUCAAUUCUGUGAAUCCAGAGCCGGUUAAUACCUCCGCAGUUGAUAUUCAUGGCGAGCCUUUACAGCCUCAAAGUAGUUCAUCUAAAGAGAUGGAUUCUGCCGAGGAUAAUAACAGUAACUAUAAUCAAACAAGGGUGGCCUAUAAACCUGUUUAUUUCACUGCUGUUGAAAACCAUGAAAACCAUGAAACAUCUGAAAAUUCUGCAAAUAAGAAGGAUAAUAGGAAACAAACUUUUAGGGCUCCUGCUCCUAAACUACUCAAGGAUCCAUUUGAUAAAUCCAUAGCUGAUCCUUUGAAUCGCGUUGUGUCUCCAACAUCGAGUAGUCAAGAGUACCCUCCCGCGGCUUCAUUCCAGCCGGGUUCAGCCCAACAACCGCAUCACGUUCCAUAUCUUCCAAGAGCAUAUUCUCCAACAGGAAGAUUGUCCCCUGUUUCUUACAGACAAAAUGUUUUUUUUCAAGAAUCAAGACAACGUUAUCCUUCUGUUUUCAUAGACCCGUGUGCACCAGCCCCUUCAUCUGCAGUACCUGAUAGAGCAAGAUCUCCACCUUUGCCAUUACCAGUAAUAUCAUCUCAACCCCAACAAAUGUCACAGGGAUUCAUGAUCUCACCUAGAAACAUGAGACCUGGAACGGAAAGCAAUACCAGUUUACCACCAAUCUCUUCCAUUUCCAGUCAAGCAUCGGUUCCUCCAUCCCCUGGUCAUAGUAUAUCUUCCGCAAAGUCCAGCCGAUUUCUUUUCUCACGAAACUCAUCUUCAACUUCGACUAGUGCCAGUCAGUUACGUCCAUCAAUCUUUGAUAUACAUCAUGCCUCAUCCACCACAAAUUCAUCGAUUUCAGCACACAAUUCUAUUUUUAGUGGUUCUUCUAUCUCCUCUAAUGGUAGUAUUGGAUCGAGAUUUGGAUCUUCGAUUUCCAGCAUGUUAAAUGAAGAACGUCGCAUUCCAUCUUUUACCAAUAAUUCAAUUUCAAGUAUAUCCGUACCGAUCACAAGUUCUUCACUCAAGACUGUUACAUCGGUCAUUAAUGACACGAGCUCGAGUGGGCGCUCUGAAACUCCUGAGAAUUCAGCGCAUACUACAUCGGUUAUUGUCAAAGGAGAAAGCAAGAACCACGAGAGAAACAAAGCCUCACUUGAACCUUCGAAAUCGACCCCGAAGAUAUCUGAGCUUUUGAACAGAAACGAUGCAAAGGAUAAUUCUGAAAUCUCAGAGAAAAAAGAUGUUGCUGAGGAUUUGGAUGGAAAAAAAAGUAAAAAAACUGACGAUAAUAAUGAUCUAAAUCAUGACGAAAACGUGCGUGGGAAAAGGGAUGAAAAGGUCGAAGUUAAGUCGAAGUAA